AUGACCUCGCCAAUUUUCCCGGCUCCAGAAGAGCCGCUCGUCGUGAUAUUGGGGUCGACGGGGACUGGAAAAUCUGAGCUGGCCGUGGAAAUCGCAACUCGCUUCCGUGGAGAAGUCAUCAACGCAGACGCCAUGCAGCUCUACCGCGGCCUACCCAUCAUCACCAACAAGAUCACGCCCGCGGAGCAGCGCGGCGUCCCCCACCACCUGCUGGACCGCAUCCCCCUCAGCGCCGUGCCCUGGGACGUCACCGAGUUCAAGAGGCAUGCCCUCGAGACCAUCCGCGAGAUCCGCGCCCGCGGCAACCUGCCCAUCCUCGUCGGCGGCACGCACUACUACGUCGAGCCGCUGCUCUUCGCCGACGCCAUCCUGGACGACGUCCAGCAGGACGAGGCCAGGUCGUUCCCCAUCCUGGAGGCCUCGACCGCGGACAUGCUCGCCGAGCUGCGCCGCGUUGACCCGGAGAUGGCGGACAAGUGGCACCCAAACGACCGCCGCAAGAUCCAGCGCUCCCUGGAAAUCUACCUCCACACGGGCAAGACCGCGUCGGCCCUGUACGCAGAGCAGCAGGAGCGCAAAGCCGCCGCCACCGCCGCCGCCGGGGAUAAGGAGGAGGAGUCUUCGUGGGAGAACCUCUUGCUCUGGGUGUACUCGGAGCGUGACGUCCUGUGCGAGCGCCUGGACAGGCGGGUGGACAAGAUGCUCGCCGGCGGCCUGACCUCGGAGGUGCAGGAGCUGCAGCGCUUCCACGCCGCGAGCGCCGCCGCCGGCACCGCUCUCGACACGACCAAGGGCAUCUGGCAGUCCAUCGGCUACAAGCAGCUCGCGCCCUCCGUCGCCGCCGCCUCGCGCGGCGCGCCCCCCGCCGAGGUCGCGCGCCUGCAGGCCGCCGGCCUCGAGGACAUGAAGACGGCCACGCGGCGCUACGCAAACUACCAGAACAAGUGGAUCCGCGGGAAGCAGAUCCCGCGGCUGCGGCAACGCGGCGCCCGUGCGCUUGGCAGCCUCUACGUGCUGGACAGUACCGACGCCGCGCGGUACGCGGAGACGGUGGUCGCGCCGGGCGCGGACCUUGUCGCGCGGUUCCUGGGCGGCGAGGCACGCCCGCACCCGCGGGAUGUGUCGGAGCUGGCGCGGCAAGUGCUUGAGGCGGCGACGGAGACGGCGUCGGCAACGCCGCAGACGCCGCUGCGGCAGACGUGCGAGGAGUGCGGCACGACCGUGGUGACGCGGGAGGCGUGGGAUAGGCACGUCAAGAGCGCGGGCCACCGGCGGGUGCUGAGGAAGAAGAAGAGGCUGGCGCUGGUGCCGGUGGAACAGGGGCCGGAGCCGGUCGAGGCGUCUGAGAAUGGAGAUGGUGAUUCAGAUCCGGGGAUAUCGUCGCUGCUCGGGGAGCAGUAG